UGAUGGAGGAUUACAUGUUAUACGUUUUUAUUUCAUAAAAUUGGCAGACCAAAGUCGUUCGAUUGAUUAGUUUAACCGGAAAAUUGCAAUCAUCUGAACAAAUCGAACGUUCUUCACUUGUGCUGCCCUUUUAGUUCCAUCGUCUUCUGCCGCCUGCUGCUGGAUAUUUUCCCGUUCCAGAGAUUCAACAUCUGCUGUAUCGUUCGUGUAAACAAGAGGGCAGUGGACUGCGAACACGCACAAUCGAUCGUAAUAGGGUCUAGCAUCAACCCGUGCCUCAUUGCUGGGUUUUCUACGCCCUUCACAAUGAGCUGAUUACCACGGAAGAAACUUGACGGUGACUGUUGCCUUCGUUACCAUUAAAUCAUGCCAUCAGCUUGCUACGCAAAGAGUGCUGCAGCUGUUUUUCUCGGUUUCUGGAUAACAGCUCAUCACCUGCUUCUUGCGGUCGGAUCGCACCGGGUGACCCCAUUCAACGUCACAGUCAAAGAGCUCAGCUCAUCUUCUGCCUUAGUCACCUGGUCUCUCUUUGCCGAUGAGAGCCAGCCGGAUUCAUCUAACCGCACGGCGGGCAGCCCGCAGCAGCCGUUUCGAUUGGAGAUCACAUACCGACCGUAUCGACAAAGACAGAGGAUGAUUAUUGCUGUGCCAGCAGACGUGACAUCGUACAUUCUUAGCGAUCUAAGACCAGGAAGCGAUUACAUGGUCAGAGUAACAAGCGUAACGAAAGGCCAUCGGAUACGUAGCCAGCCCGUCCGGCUGUCCAUGUCGCAGGUGUUGUCGGCCGGACCACCACCUGACGAACUUGACGGAGUUUAUCUAUCACCGCCGUCAUAUCCUCCUCAUUUAAUGGAAGAUGGAUACUCACCUCUGUUGCCUCCAUUCAUUGCACCUCCACCGCCAUCGAGUCAAUCCCGCAAUUACCGACCAACGGGAAAUUUCACGUCCAUCUUGGCCGAUUACCGAUUCCCUCCGACAGCCAACAGCGCUGGAGUAGUUUACGUGCGCGGUGAAGAAGUUGGAAUUGUUAUCCUAGUUCUUAUAGUUUGGGUGGCAGCAGUGGCCCUAUUUUUCCACCGUUGGGGCAAAAUUCGGAUGUUGCUGCCGUACCAGCCCGUCUUCAAAGAAGAGGAGCCGGUCAUUGUCGGCUGUUCACCGUCUCCGACGCCGUUGCAGCUCUCGCAGCCUUCACAGCUUUUACCGUCGUCGAGUCUCUCGCAAUCGCAGCCGCCCGUCCCGCCCUCAGCCGUUCACGUUAGCGCCAAUAAGUUCGUUUCGCUCGAUCCGGCCGCUAUCCGCCGCAAUCAGUUUAUGCUCCAUUCCAGGUUGGCCAGAAUGCAAGCUUACACGGAGCGGCGUAACUGGCCAACAUCCAUGAGUAGGUUGGAUCAAAAUUGCAUCAUUGUGGGACGAAGUCCUUUGCCGGCCGUUCGGCAGAAAGGCUACGCCAACCGGCGAGCCAACACGAUAGCGGCAGAUACGUGCGACUGUUGCGAACGUCCCAUCGGCUACUGUCGGAAGCAAAACGAUCCCAAUCACAGUCGUCAACGUGGAAUUCAUCAGGCGAAAUUCGCCAGUGGUUCUGGCUGCAGUUGCGAGGAGUCCCGCAAAGAGCAUCCGCGCAAGGCGCACAGUGCUGAGGUCAUUACGCUCACUGUCACUUCGUGUGACAGCCCAACUAACAGCGUACGCUCAAACAGCACUCCAGAGUUACCGGAACACGUGAAUUCGCCCUUCUCGACGAAGCCGCAACGGCCUAAUAAUUUUCGACACGAAGAAACGAGGACAGCAGAGUGUUCCCUUUAAGCUUGAACGUGACAGUUGCAUUUUCAGAACUCUUCCCCUUGUCUUUAUUUUGGAAGUAUUUGCCAGUUUUCCGCUAUCUGAUAAGAGUUUGAGAGAUGACAUGUUUUCAACUAGAAUCGCCUAUAGGACAAUAGUAAUCACGUCUUGUCCAAAUGUAUAUUGUAGACUACGGUGGCUGCAUGACCUGGUUUUUUUCAUCUUCUAGCUUCGUAGUGUGACUUGUUGUCUGGCCCGUUGACCCUUCAUGCGUGACCUUUUUUGUACUUCUUUUCUAUCCGGCCAAUGACCUAGUUAAAUCUUGAUGGAAUUAGUUUCCUUUUCCCCCUCCGUUUUGUCGUGUAGCAACGCAUUAAUUCUUUGUUGGAUCGAUUGUACAAUUCCACCAUGUUUUUAUUUACAGGUCUAGAUUCAUUGAACCAUUAUGUUUUCAAUAGCCUCGUAAACUUGCAGCCAGAUGUAGCCUAUCUCACAUUUAUUUCAGCACUACAAAGUGGAUUUGUGUAUAUCGCCAAACUGAUCGAUUUACUACGAGGCGUUUACCCUUAUUCAUUAUGUAUAGACCCCAUAAUGUCCAGUUUCACUUCGUGAGCGUGUCAAUCUGGUUUCCUUGUGUUUGUUCGUUAAGAAAACCAUUGGUUAUUAUCACCUGGACGCGGAAAUUACUCAAAUCACAAUCGAGUAUAACGCGUUCGUGAGUACUGUUUUUUCAAAUUCGCGUGUACGAAUGUUGUGAAAAUAAGGUGUGUAUCUUAAACUUGUGAUGAACUUAAAGAUGGAUGGAAUACA